AUGGUCCGAAGCGAUCGUGCAAACACUAGUGCCUCAGAUGGAAAUUCUGCCGCUGUUCCCUCAUGUCUUACCUCGACUAUCAUCCAAAUCUCACCGAAUCCUCCACCAACUGAAGCCCUUCUUCGCCUUCGAUGCCCAUUCAAACUAGCCACAUUUAAUGUGUGCACUCUGAUGCGUAUAGGACAACAGGCCGGUUUAGAUCGUACGCUCGAGACCCUAGCCAUCGAUGUGUGUUGUAUCGAAGAAAACUCGCAUUCUAGACUCUUGUUUCAUUAUUCGAUUGAUGUCAAUCCACAUCAAACCGAUCAGUGA